UGCCAAAGUGUAUUAUUUUCCAUUGAUCAAUUAUUCUCUUCAAGAUUUCAGUUUAAUUACCCAAGUGGUUAAGAAUUGGGAGAAACCUUAAAACAAAAAUAAAACCCCAAAACCUCAAUUUUCUCUCUCCUCUGAUUUUAUACCCCGUACUGUGCAUGCUCAAUUUCUUCAUUUUAGAUUCGGAAUUUACCCAAACUUAUUGAAUCAAAGUUGUAGAUCUCGAAAAGGUAUUGAACUUAGACCCAAAAAUCACUUGAUUUGGAGAUCGGAGCUAUGAGUUAUGGUCUUUGCAAGUUUGGUGUUGCUACCUUCAUUUCUCUCUCCUUUGUUUUUAUUCCGACAAUCUGUUACCCCAAUUAUCUACAACAUGCAAUCAAUCUUUUGCUCUUUGUUGCUGAAUCAAAGUUGUAGAUAACUUCGAGCUAAUGAAUUUUGGCACAAAAAUCACUUGAUUCGGGUUUGGAGCUAUGAGUUAUGAUCUUUUUGUAGAUCACUUCGAGCUAAUGAAUUUGAGCACAAAAAUCGCUCAAUUUGGAGUUCGGAGCUAUGAGUUACGCCUCACACAAGUUCAGCACUGCUGUUGUACUUUGUGUUGCGUUGCUGUCGUGGUUGGCUUGUUUGCCCAUGUUGUCAUUGCUAACUUGUUGCCUUGUUGCUGCCAUUGUUGGUAUUCCUUUCCAUAUGAAGGUCGUUGUUGGAGUAUGUAUAUGGAGAUAAAUUAUGAAGUUCGAGCUAUAGUGGUUAUCCAGAAUGUCGAAUUAUUUGGAAUUGUUUCAAGGGUUCAUUGUUAGUGAUUUUGCAGGGUUGAUGUCGAGGACUUGGAAUAUGAUUAUUGAUCAAGAAGAAGAUUUUUAUGUUUUGAGAUGGUGAACUGAGGUUAAAGUUCGAUGCGUUUGGAAGUAUUUGUAAUCUGUUAUUUGAUUUUCAAGUUGUUAUGUUGUGGGCCCCUGACCCACAGAUCCAGAAUCAUUUUUAUAGGUUUUGUUUCCGCUGUGAAUAAAUGUAAAUUCGAGGAUUGU